UGUGUGUGUGUGUGUGUGUGUGUGUCUGUCUCUCUGUGUGUGUGUCUGUCUCUCUGUGUGUGUGUGUGGUCCCACAGCCCAAGCCCCUACGGACCCGGGCAUGUACGGGGUCAUCCAGUCGGGCGACCACAAGGGCAGGACGUGUGCCGUGAAGUGGAUCAAACUCAACGCCUCCAGCGACGACGUGGAGGUUAUAGGAGAAGAGGAGGAUGUUAGUGUGUACGACAUCGCCGACCACCCAGACUUCCACUUCCGUACCACUGAUAUCGUCAUCAGGAUAGGGAACUCUGAGAACGGACGCAAUACAGAUUGCGAGAACGAUACGUCAGUAGGUCAGGUCUUCAGAGUGGACGUGAGCAGCAAGGUGGAGGUGGUGUGGGCCGACAACUCCAUGACCGUCGUCCUGCCACAGCACCUGUACAACGUGGAGUCUGAGAUCGAGGAGACGGACUAUGACUCUUUGGAGGAGAGCAGCAGUGGCCUGUCCACGGAAGAGUGGGAGGACGAGAGCGACAGCUGGGAGACGGACAACGGCCUGACCACCAACGAGGACGACCAGCACCCCGGCAACAACGACACCGCCACCCCGGCCCCCACCCCCACCGGCUCCAGCCCCUUCAUCAUCCCCCUCGAGGAGGGCGGCAAAGCAGGGGCCACCACCCCCACCAAGCCCCCUAACUCCACAGAGGACCUGGAUGGAGCUGGGGCUAUAGCCAGCCCAGGCGCCGGUGCUGGAGGAACCACCCCUGGAGCAGGAGGGGGUGAUGCCGCAGAGAAGCUCCCCGGGAAAGAGGGCACGCCGCGGGGCUUCCGCGAGCUCAAGGAGGCCCUGAAAAUCCUGGAGAGCCUGAAGAACAUGACGGUGGAGCAGCUAUGGACCGGCAGCUCGCCUACCUCGCCCACGUCCGGUGCCGUGCCGUCCACCAACGGGACUAACGCCAACGCCGCCACUGCCAUCACGCCCGAGAAGCCCACCAAGGAGAAACGCUUCCUGGAUGACAUCAAAAAGCUCCAGGAGAACCUGAGGAAGACCCUGGACAAUGUGGCCAUCGUGGAGGAGGAGCGGAUGGAGGCGGUGGAGGGGAAAGAGGGGGGCGAUAAGAAAGGCCCCAAGGAGGGCGGCGAGACGCCAGGCGCGGCGCCAGAGUGGCCCAGCGAUACGCCUGUUCUGUGCCAACAGAGUGGUGGCAAGCCCGGCGUAACCUUCACCAGUGCCAAGGGAGAGGUGUUCUCUGUGCUGGAGUGGUCACCAGACACACACACCUUUAAGAAGAUGGAGUUCCAGCCGGCCGAGGCCAAGAAGUUUUUCAGCACCGUGAGGAAGGAGAUGGCUCUGCUGGCCACCUCGCUGCCCGACGGCAUCAUGGUCAAAACCUUCGAGGACCGCAUGGACCUAUUCUCGGCCCUGAUCAAAGGGCCCACGCGCACCCCUUACGAGGACGGCCUGUUCCUGUUCGACAUCCAGCUGCCAAACAUUUACCCGUCGGUGCCGCCCCUCUUCCGCUACCUGUCCCAGUGCAGCGGGCGCCUCAACCCCAACCUCUACGACAACGGCAAGGUCUGCGUCAGCCUGCUGGGCACCUGGAUCGGCAAGGGUACAGAGAGGUGGACCAGCAAGUCUAGCCUGCUGCAAGUGCUCAUCUCCAUCCAAGGUGAGCCUAAACUGACCUCAUUAGACCUA